CGGCAAUUUAAAAUUUCAAAACAGCUGCUUUGUGUCGUGGCUGUGUGCUCUUGGAAGACUGCAGCAAUUUAAGAGGGAAUAAUGGAGGGUUUAGGAGAGCGACUCAAGCUGAUGGUGAAAACCUUCAGGAGGGAGUGUCACCGGGUCUUACAGUCUGAGAGGACCACCAUUCAUGGAGCGGAUGGCAUGCUUAUGGUGCUGCAGGUGGCCAUGGCAGAAGUGAAUAAAAAGCAUGGCGGAGAGUUCAAAGUGGCUCUGAGUGAUGUCCUGAUGGCCUGGAAACACUUAUUGUUAGACAAACUUCACCUGCCGCCCCCCAGCUCUGCACGCCUGGAGAACUAUGAUCUCAUUGUGGAGGCAUACGAGUCGUUCCUGAAACGCUCCAACACCAUCGACCUGGUUGAUCUCCUCUUCAUGUACGAACAGCUGAGGCUGGUGGACUCUGAUGCAGAGGAGCCUGUGAGCCCGAUCCAGCUGUUUGAGUUCCUAUCGGGCAACGUGGAAGUCCCAGAGUUGCCAGUCUCCUCAGUCCCAUCAACCCCAUCUGGUAAAGGCAGAUCCUGCAGCUCACAGGUGAAAAUGGCUGUGAGACGUGUUUUCUGCUCCUAUCUGAAUUUGCUUGUAAACACCAAGAACGACAUCGCCUUGGCGCUAAUUCUCGACGUUCCCAGUCGCACUCUUGGACGGCAGGCGUUUACAGACAUCAAGCAUGCCGCACACAACAGCAACACUUCUCUGUUCUUGGCCGUGACGUCUUUCGUUAGGGCUCUCCAGCUUGGAGGGAAGGGCUAUGCUCCAGCUGAAUCUGACCCACUGAGAAAACAUGUCAAAGGCCUGUCUGACUUUGUCCAGUUUGUAGACAACCUGGAAGAAAUACUGGGGGAGAUCCCCGACCCAAGUGUAUGUGGAGCCAGGCUGGUGACCACCAUCAGGGCGGUGCUGGUGAAGGGUCGCAGCAGCGGAGAUGCUGUGUACGCUGCUGCUGAGGAGACUGCACAGGAGCUAAAGGAGAGGAUCUGCCAGCUUCACCAGAUCCAGAAGCAGUCUGCUAAUAGAAGCGGGACGGGGAUAAGUCCUGCAAGGCCAAAAGCGUAUGCAGUCAAUCACGCUACAGCAUACGGAGGUCGUGACACUGUGAAGGUGCUGAUGGCGCUGCUGGAUGAAGAAGCCCUGACUCCUCCGUGUCGAAACAAGGCCGACCUGCUGUCCGAGGAUCAGCCCGUCCUCAGUGGAGCAGAGGGGACCUGCAUCCUCACGCUGUUCAGAUCCCCUGAAGUGUCUACUGGAUGUUCUCCAGAACCCCUAAGGAACAGAGUCCAGAGCCGACUAGACCUGCUCAAACCCAAGGUCCGAGAAAGAGUCAUCCGAUCCCAGUUCGCCUGCACUUACAAUGACGAAGAGCUCCCUCUCAACCGUGUGCUGGACUUCCCGAGCACUAGCCAGGUUCCUACUUGCGUGCACCCAGCACCCAAAGCCAAAACCACCACAUCUGUGGAUGAUGGGUGCAGCUCUGAUGUGGAAGACUCAACAAAAGCCAAGUCCUCUGAAUGUACAAAUAAGGCACGGGGUGAGAUACAGCGGGGGGCUGCUCUCGAGCAAAGAAGUGGAAAUGCCCCAAAACAAGGUGCAAGCCUGGUUAAUGGAAAGAGAACUGGCUUUCAGAUGCAAAGCAGGGGUAACAAGAGAAAGCAGCUGGAUAUUGACCAACAUGGUGGAUCUGAAAAUGAGCCUCCGGAGAAGAAACAGCCAACUCGCACAUCAGUCAAAAUGCCUGGCAAAAAUGCCAGCAAGGCCUUGAGUAAGAAGAAGCUCAUAGCUGGACAAGGGAAGCUAACCAGUUUCUUCAGAGUCUAACCAGUGUUUGCACUAACGAUGACACAAUAAGGACUUUUCUAUCAGAUAUUUAUAUGAAGCAGCUGAAGCUUGUGUACUACGAGUAUACUCCAGCUUGGGCUGCCAUUUAGAAUCAUUUGUCAUCUUGUUUAACCUCGAGUAUUUAAAAAAUAUAUAUAUAAAUAUACAUGUAGCUAGUUGCUUGGCGGCUACUAAGUGUUACCUAGUUAGCAUUUUCUAGCAAAAGGUUCAUAUGUGGAUUCAAACAGAAUUUGUACUCGCCAAACAGCCAAGAAGUAUCAUUGGUGACUUCGUAAGUUCUGCUAAAAAUAUUUUUUAUCAACAGCAAAUUGGCACUGUCUCCCGUUUGUUUGUUUGGUGGUUUUAUUUUUUGCUUUUGUUAUACUGACUAAGCUAAUUGCUGACUAAGCUAAUGACUAGCCAUUUGUUAGCAAUAACAUUAGGUUUAACUUUCAGAUCAGCUUUUGUACACAUUGAAACACAAAGGUAAAAUAUCACGUGAUCAUUAGUGACUUCAUGAUUGCUGUUAAGAGUUACAUAUUUAAAGCAAAGCCAAAUAGCCAUUUUUUAUGUUUCAUUUUUAUGCUAAGCUACACUGAGGCUUCACAUGAAGUGUGCGCAACAGUGUUAUUUAACUCUUUCUCAAAAUGUCAAAUGUAUAAAUAAUAUUACUUAGACACUAAAAUCUCCAACAUUGUUGGGGGAAAAGCAAAAAAUCUUCAUAAAACUAUAAGUCAUUUAAGUUUUCUUUGUUUCAAGGCUAGUUGGUUAUUUAGCGUGGCAUUUAGUCAAAUGUGUGGUAGCUAUCUGAACUGAUCAAUUGGGUAGCUGGUCAUUGCACUUUAUCACUAAUCAAUUUUAAAAUUAGUCUAAUAACGCCUUCGUGGAAAUAAAAUGUAUAUCAUCACGACUAGUAUGUAAAUUUUACCUUUCAAUUAUUUUCAAGAUUCCACCAUUUACAUCCACUCUUUAAACACACAGCUUGCAAUUGUUAAUAAACUUUUAUUUUGUCUUCCA